GUGUGAGGCCGGGGCGAUGUUGCGGGCGGGGUGGGGGUGGGGGCGGCUGUGUCACUGCGCGGGGGUCGCGGGGGGCCCUGGAGUCGGCAGCCGGAGGCUGGUCCAUGUGACCCCUGACCCCAGUGUGAGGACCUUUGACAUCUCCCUCCUGACCUGUCUGGUCUGUCCGCUCAGCCGGAGACCCCUGAGAUACGCGGAAGAUACCAAUCAGCUGAUAAACGAUGAGUUGGGAAUAGCAUAUCCCAUUGUCGAUGGAAUCCCAAAUAUGAUCCCACAGGACGCGAGACUGAUUCGGAGAACUGAAGAUAUGUGCAAGGAAGAUUCACAGAAAUAAUCAAACUGUUUUCUGGAUGAAUGGGACUCGGUGAGGCGGGGGAAAUAAAUCUGUCACAAAACACAAGGAAUAUAACAUAAAU